AUAUCUGCAUUGCUAGCUCAUGCUGAUCAUCAUCUAGCUAGGGCUAAGACAGUACAAACUCUACUUGAUCUUUUUCUCUCACGUACAGAUAGAACCAACCAAUAUGGUAUUUACCAAAGUAGAUCAAGACUUGCUUUAUGGCAUCAAGCUUACCUCGGUCGGACCGGGAAGAGUGACCGGUUGGGACGUGGUUCAUGACCUAAGUGGGAUGGACAUUGCCAUGAAGUUGCACUAUGUCAGAGUGGUGUACUUCUUUAGCAGCCAGGCAGCCCAGGGUUUAACCCUGCCGCGCUUUAAACAAGUCGUAUUCGAAUGCUGCUGUGACUUCUACUACACAUCUGGCCGCCUCCGACGAUCAGAGUCUGGGAGGCCGUACAUAAAAUGCAAUGACUGUGGCGCUAGAUUCAUCGAAGCACACUGUGACAUGACCAUUGAUGAAUGUCUAGAGAUGAAGGGUUUCUACUCUGAUCUGCAGAAGUUGCUUGUAUCCCAACAAGUCAUUGGGCCUGAACUCACAUUCUCUCCCCCAGUUCUCAUACAGUUUACCCAAUUCAAAUGUGGAGGGAUAUCAGUCGGCCUGAGCUGGGCCCAUCUCCUGGGAGAUGCAUUCUCAGCUGCAAAUUUCAUGAACAGAUGGGGCCAAAUCAUGGCCGCACUUGGCUCUAACACGCAAGCCAACUUGCAGUAUAAAUCAAACACACAUGAUCACGAGAGAUCCAAAAACCCUCCGCCAGUUCACGAUGAACCACUUUCCCUUAAAUGGGUCGACCCGGUCGGAGACCACUGGAUAGUUUCCAAUAACUGCAGAAUGGGCACAUUUUCAUUCCAUAUAACUGCAAGCCAGUUAGCAACCUUGCACUCAGAAAUCUCGGCCGGCCGAAACCGAAGUGACCAAGUUCCAAUCUUUGAAUCUAUUUGUGCCAUUAUAUGGAAAUGCAUAGCCAAAGUUAAAUUAGGAGAAGAGACUGCUCAAGCCAGAACAGUGACAAUCUGCAAAAGUGAUCCAAGAAAACCGACCACAGGGGUUGUUACUAACACCCAGAUUAUAAGCUCAGUUACUUUAGACUCGUCUGUAACGGAGACGGACCCAAAAAGAUUGGUAACGUUGCUGGUUAAUGAAGCUGUGGAUGAAAGAAUUAGGAUGGAAGAAGUGGUGGAGAGGGAUGAUGGGGUUUCAGAUUUCAUUGUGUAUGGAGCAAACUUAACGUUUGUGGACUUAGAAGAGGCUGAUUUGUAUGGGUUCGAGUUGAAUGGAUAUAAACCAGAUCUUGUGUAUUGUACUGUCAAUGGCGUUGGAGAGGAAGGAGCAGUCUUUGUGCUCCCGGCGGGGCCAGAAGGGUCUGGUCAGGCCAAUGGUGGCGGAGGAAGGAUGGUGACGAUAAUCUUUAAGGAAAAUCUAGUGCCGGAGCUGAAAACGGAGGCCAUGACCUGACCUAAGCUAGGGUACUGUUUCGAAUGACCCGGGGAACAUGUUACUUUGCCUGCUAGGUUUGCUCUGGAUUUGACCGCCGUUAUAUUUUAUUUUAUGUUUUAGUUUUUUUAAUAUUUAUAAUAAAUUUGUAUAUUUUUAAAAAAAAAUGUUUGAAGAAUAUCUAAUGUCUAGCAGUCACACCCAUCGUACACUGCUAGGGGGUUUCAUCAUUGUACUGUUUUACCAUGGGGUUGAUCAUUCUAC